ACUGGAAAGUGCAGAGUCUAUCCAGAAGGAGUAGACGGCAUGUAGAAAAAAAGAUCUUGACUUUCAGGGGAAACAAGACUUCUGGAAUGUUGCCAGGGCUGGAGCCCUAUAGUUCUUACAAGCUCAACGUUAGAGUUGUUAAUGGAAAAGGUGAAGGACCAGCAAGCCCAGACAAAGUAUUUAAGACUCCUGAAGGAGUUCCUAGCUCACCCUCCUUUUUGAAGAUUACUAACCCAACACUGGACUCUCUGACUCUGGAGUGGGGUUCACCUACCCAUCCAAAUGGUCUUUUGACAUCAUAUAUACUGAAGUUUCAGCCAAUUAACAACACACAUGAAUUAGGUCCUUUGGUAGAGAUAAGAAUUCCUGCCAACGAGAGCAGCUUGAUAUUAAAAAAUUUAAAUUACAGCACACGGUACAAGUUUUACUUUAACGCACAAACUUCAGUUGGAUCAGGAAGUCAGAUAACUGAGGAAGCAGUAACAAUUAUGGAUGAAGCAAUGGCAAGUCGGCAGGUAGACAUCGCUACUCAAGGAUGGUUCAUUGGUCUUAUGUGUGCUGUUGCUCUUCUCAUCUUGAUUUUACUGAUUGUUUGCUUCAUAAGGAGGAAUAAGGGUGGCAAAUAUCCAG